AAAUAAAUGGUUUAAUAUUUUGGUUCUUUAUACGACUAUCUAAACUAUCCCAACCCGAUGUGGCUUUUAAAUACCAAGAAACUUACCCUCGAAUACCUAAAUGAGACUCAAGUGAAAGGACUUUCAUAUGCAAUUCUCUCACAUACGUGGGGAUCCGAUGAAAUCCUUUUCCAUGAGUUACAAGGGGAUCAGGGAACCCUACAAGAGCGAGCGGGCUGGGCAAAGAUAGCCCGCUUCUGCAAUACGGCGCUGACAUCUGGUUUUGGAUAUGCAUGGAUGGACACAUGCUGUAUUGACAAGCGUAGCAGCGCCGAUUUAAAUGAAGCAAUCAAUUCUACAUAUGAAUAUUACUAUGACUCUGCAGUGUGCUUUAUAUAUCUCGAAGACGUGCAUAAGUAUGCAGAUGAAGCGAGCAACUCACUGGGAAGAGUGGAAGUGACUAGGGACCAACUUCUUGCAAGAUUGCGGGCGACUCGCUGGGCAACAAGGGGAUGGACAUUACAUGAAUGUAUCGCUCCCAAACGACGAUGCUUUCUCACUUCAGACUGGUCUGAGAUCCAAGAUGGAGACGACCUACUCGAUGCUCUUGUUGAAUCCACCAGGAUUGAUAGGGACUUGCUGAAGGAUAGAGACCUUCUCCGCAAUUUCUGUAUUGCGGAGCGGAUGAAAUGGGCAUCUGGACGACAGACAACGCGGGCUGAAGAUGUUGCGUAUUGCCUAAUGGGUGUUUUUAAAGUCAACAUGCCAGUCCUGUAUGGCGAAGGGGCUAAGAAUGCAUUCAAGAGACUACAGCGUGAAAUUAUGCAGUCAUCUUUCGAUAUGACCAUAUUCGUGUGGCAUGGAAACUAUGAGAGCAGCGGACUCUUGGCCCAGUCGCCUUCUGACUUUGCGGACACUCCGCCUUUAGAUCUAUGGGCGCCGUGGAACAUAUCGCCAUUCUCGAUGACGAAUAUCGGGCUUUCCAUCAGUCUUAGUAUUAUCAACCAACAAGACAUGGACGAGUGCGGAUUUACGGAAAAGUUGGAGGGCAAUACAUUGCUUGCGGCUUUGCAAUGCGAUGUUCAAACGCCAACGGGACAGUGGGAAAUCCCCAUGAUCUAUCUUGAGCCAGUAUUAGAUGCAAGCUUUUUGGUCAAAGGUAAAAGAUGGCGAGGUUAUAGAAGGAUUCGGUGUGCAGAGCGGUUAACGUUGCCCUCCAAACGGCUCGAGGGUUGUUCUUAUGAGGAUAUUAUUGUUCUACCGGAUGAACAAUAUGAGCUGGUAUGCCAGGCUAAAGAACAACAUAUAUCGCGUAGCAUGGCGUCUCAGACAGGUUCGAAGUAGGUUCUCUACUAUGUAGCAUGAGAGUGGUUGUGUUGAUGGUCCUCACUUCAUUUACGGUGCAUUAUUCCCACAUAUACGUACGGAUUACGUUAUUCCUAAAUAGGCAGUAUAAGAUACUAACUUAGGCUAAGCGCUAGUACCUGGAUUAUUACUUCUAAAACGGCUAGAGCUGACGAGCUGACAAGCUAACAAACUGAAAAGUUCAAAUUUCAAGAACACGAGACUACCUCGUCUUGGUAUUCUCUUGUCAAUCGGGAAUCGGCAACCGGCAACCAGGAACUCCAUAAUAACUUUAUCAAAAGGUGUGACAUAUGGUCGAAC